CGGAGGCUUGAUGUUGAUAAAGUAAAGCGCCGAGCGCGGGCGAAGCAUGAGUGAGGCUCCGGGUCCCUGUCGCCGUCGCCGUCGCCUCCCGCCGCUGGCCCGCCCCGGCCCCGGCCCGCGCCCCCGCGCCCCGCCGGCCCCCCGCGCGAGGAGAUGAUGGACGGCCGCCUCCUGGAGCACCCGCAUGCCCAGUUCGGGGGCUCGCUGGGCGGCGUGGUGGGCUUCCCCUACCCGCUGGGCCACCACCACGUGUACGAGCUGGCCGGCCACCAGCUGCAGUCGGCCGCCGCCGCCUCGGUGCCCUUCUCCAUCGACGGGCUGCUCAGCGGCUCGUGCGCCGCGGCCGCCGCCUCCGUGGUCAACCCCACGCCGCUGCUGCCCGCCGCCUGCGGAGUCGGGGGCGACAGCCAGCCCUUUAAGCUAUCAGACUCGGGGGACCCCGACAAGGAAAGCCCCGGCUGCAAGCGGCGACGCACCCGCACCAACUUCACUGGCUGGCAGCUGGAAGAGUUGGAGAAGGCGUUCAACGAGAGCCACUACCCCGACGUGUUCAUGCGCGAGGCGCUGGCGCUGCGCCUGGACCUGGUGGAGUCCCGCGUGCAGGUUUGGUUCCAAAACCGCCGGGCAAAGUGGAGGAAGAAGGAGAACACCAAGAAAGGCCCCGGGCGGCCAGCGCACAACUCGCACCCGACCACGUGCAGCGGGGAGCCCAUGGACCCCGAGGAGAUCGCGCGCAAGGAGCUGGAGAAGAUGGAGAAGAAGAAACGCAAGCACGAGAAAAAGCUGCUCAAAAGCCAGAGCCGCCACCUGCACUCGCCCGGCGGCCUCUCCCUGCACAGCGCUCCCAGCUCCGACAGCGACAGUGGCGGCGGCGGCCUGUCCCCAGAGCCACCCGAGCCGCCACCGCCACCGGCCACUGCGGCCAAGGGCCCCGCAGCGCCCGGCGAGCCGCCCGUGCCCGGCACCUGCGACCCCGCCUUCUACCCGAGCCAAAGAAGCGGCGCCGGCCCGCAGCCGCGGCUAGGCCGGCCUGGCGACAAGGACGUGCCCGGGGUGGUGGUGGCGGCGGCGACAGCGACAGCCACAGCAGCGGCGGGCCUGCCCAAGGCCAGCCCAUUUAGCGUGGAGAGCCUGCUGUCCGACUCGCCGCCGCGCAGGAAAGCCACCCCGGCCAACGCCGCGGCCGCUGCGGGGCUGGACUUUGCGCCCGGGUUGCCGUGCGCGCCGCGGACCCUGGUGGGCAAGGGCCACUUCUUGCUGUACCCGAUCACGCAGCCGCUUGGCUUCCUGGUGCCGCAGGCCGCGCUCAAGGGCGGUGCGGGCCCCGAGCUGAUGCCCAAGGACGCGCCCCCUGCGCCGCCUGCGCCCCCCGCGCCCCCCGCGCACGCCAGCUUCGGGGCCUUCCCAGCACCCGGCGGCGCCCCGGACCCGGCCUUCGCGCACCGCAGCCCCGACGCCACCGCCGCCGUCGCCUCCCCGGGGACCCCGGGGCCCGCGCCUUUCCGGGACCUCGCCGAGGGCGCAGCGGGGGACCGCGCGGGGGACGUGGGGAGCGCCUGCCCCGCGGCCCCGCCACCCCAGCCGCUCGCGACUUCGCCAGGCCCGCGGGCUCCUAGCCCCGAGGGGGACACGGCCACCUGCGGAGCCACUGCGGAGCCGCCGGGCGCAGAGGCCGGACCCGGCCCGGCCGAGGGCGAGGAGCUGGACAUGGACUGA